GUACUUCUUGCGCUUGAACCCUCCUUCUCGUCCCUCUUCUCCUGACAGUCGCAGACUUCCGCAGCCAAGUUCUUUAAGGCUUUUCGCAACACAGGUGUGCACCGCAAACAUGUCAUCUGGAAACGCUCAGAUCGGCAAGCCCGCCCCAGAAUUUAAGGCCACCGCUGUGGUUGAUGGGCAGUUCAAGGAAAUCAAGCUGUCAGACUAUAAAGGAAAGUAUUUGAUUUUCUUCUUCUACCCCUUGGACUUCACCUUCGUGUGCCCGACUGAGAUCAUCGCUUUCAGCGACAGAGCAGAGGAGUUUCGUCGUAUUGGCUGCGAGGUCAUCGGCUGCUCCAUCGACUCCCACUUCAGCCAUUUGGCGUGGAUCAACACACCAAGGAAACAAGGAGGUCUGGGUAACAUGAAGAUCCCCCUGGUUGCAGACCUCUCAAAGUCUAUCGCCAGAGACUACGGUGUGUUGAAGGAGGAUGAAGGCAUUGCAUACAGGGGUCUGUUUGUGAUUGAUGACAAGGGCAUCUUGAGGCAGAUCACCAUCAACGACUUGCCCGUGGGUCGCUCUGUGGACGAGACCCUGCGUCUGGUUCAGGCCUUCCAGCACACUGACAAAUACGGAGAAGUGUGCCCCGCCGGCUGGAAACCUGGGAGCGACACCAUCGUCCCUGACGUAGCAAAGAGCAAAGAGUUCUUCUCCAAGCAGUAAACGUGAAGGUCUUCGGUCCAGCUCGUGUCCCGAGCUCAGCACUUCAUAUGAGACGUGUCUCCCCCCUCCCUGUGAAGCGGUAUCUCGCUGCGUCCUCUCUAAACCUGUUAAAUUCCUCUAGAGAUCCUCGUCAACAGAUGCUUAUCUUUGUACGUUGGUGGGACAAACCUCUAAGUCUCGAGCACUGAAAGUUUAGAUUUGUUCAGAGAAAGUAUUUUUUUCCUUGCUGACACUAAUGAUUUGCUACCAUCUUUAAUAAAACUGGGAAAAUUAAAA